UCUGAAAAAUUUUGCAAAAUUUUUUUGGAACUAAACAAGGCCUUAUACUCCAAAAGGACUAUGUCAUUUCAAAUGGCUCCAAAAGGAGAGAAUCGAACUGGCUGUGCGGCGCCUACUAACAAAAGCAAGCCAGCUGACACCACACGCGAGUGUAGGAGCGAGGAAGAAUGGCUAGCGUCCAUGGCUGCAAGGACUUGCAUGUCCGAGUCGUGAGCCGCCGUCUCGUGAUGGCCUCCGACACCUCCAUCGAGCCGCAUGUCGUCGCCGUCUCCAAUCUCGAUCUCCUCCCGCAAACCAUCCGGGUCGCCAUGUUCUGCCUCUACCCCAAGCCUCCGGCCACGGCCAUGUCCUUCGACGCCGUCGUGGCCACCUUCGAGGAGGCUGGCUUGCCUUCCUUGCUGAACCACUACUUCCUGCUCGCCGGCCGCAUCUCGACCAACCCGAGCUCCGGCUUCCCCGAGGUCCACUGCAGCAACCAAGGCGCGGAGCUCGUGGUCGGGGAAGCCGCCGCCGGCGUGGCGCUGGCGAGCCUGAACUAUGCUGAGACGAGCGCGUCCUUGAGGAGGAUCCAGCUGCCGUACGGCGACGACGUGGCGCUGUCUGUUCAGGUGGUGUCCUUCUCGUGCGGCGGCUUCACCGUGGCGUGGUCCACGAACCACCUGCUCGUCGACGGGCGAGCGCUCAGCUCGCUCGUCGGCGCGUGGUCAGAGCUCGCCUUGUCGGAAGUCUCCACGGUGUCCCGCCGGCCGAACCUCGACCGCUCCGUGUUCCGGCCUCGCCCGACGCCGCCGUAUGCCGCCGCCGCCGCGCUCAACGAGGCGUUCACGCCGGUGUCGGUGGACGCCAGGAGCCAGGUCAACGUCCUGACAUUUCAGCAGAGCUUCGUCGAGCGCAUGUACCACGUCGACGCCGUCCGACAUCGUCUGGCUGCGCGAGGAGGCGAGCCGAAACGGCCGGCGCGCGACUCGCGUCCCGUCCAGGCGGUGUCGGCCUACCUCUGGAAGGCCCUCGCCGGCGUGGUGGGCGCGGGACGCACACGCUGCCGGAUGGGGUGGUGGGUGGACGGGCGCCCGCGGCUCACAUCGCCGCCGCGGGGGCUCCGCACCCGCACCGCGAUGCGCAACUGCGUCGGCAACGUUACCACCUUCGUGCUCCGGGAGGAGCGCGUGGACGACGUCCGUCGGGCGGCGCUGUCGAACGUGGCCGCCACGGUGAGCGAGGCGAUCACGGCGCCGGCGUACAACGAGCACUUCCAGGAGCUGGUGGACUGGGUGGAGGAGCACAAGACCGAGCGGGUAGUUGAGGCCGCGUGCAUCGGGCUGGGCAGCCCCACGAUGACCGUGACCUCGUUCGCCACCGACACGGACUUCGGCUUCGGCGCCGCCGCUAUGGCGCUGCCAACAAGCGCGUCGACGGCGAGGUUGUGCUGUGGGUUCAUGCAGUCGAUCGCCGCACGGCCCGGGGAAGAUAGCUCGUGGAUUGCCAGCGCCUUCUUGUGGCCGCAGCUUGCGGCGGUGCUCGAGUCCGACGAGCCGCGCGUCUUCAGGCCCGUCACCGCGGAGUACCUGGGCCUGUCUGCCACACAGUUCCUGCACAGCCGCAUCUGAUAAAAAGCUAUACAUAUCGCAUUACUGCAAUCGUCAUAUGGCACGUAAACGCUAGCUUUGCAUGUUUUUUUCCCCCUGGUGAACGUACCGUCCAUAUUAUUUGUCCACCGUCUAUAUCGUGUUGCUGCAAUCAUAUUAUCGCUAUAACAACUGAUAUUAUUUGUGUCAACAAUUGAC